AUGUCAUCAUUCUUUGCCGGUAUUCCGAUGGCUGCCCCAAUUGAGGUCUUCCACAUGAACAAUCUCUAUUUGCAAGAAACCGAUCCGAAAAAAGUCAAUUUGACUAUUGGAGCAUAUCGAACUGAGGAGGGAAAACCCUGGGUUUUGCCGGUGGUUCGAACAGCCGAGGCGGCUCUCGCGGCGGAUGAAACGCUUAACCAUGAGUAUCUUCCCGUACUUGGAUACGAGCCCUUCUCAAAAGAGGCCACAAAAUUGGUUCUCGGAGCGGAUUCGCCAGCAAUCAAGGAGGACAGAGUGAUUGGCGUGCAAUGUCUUUCGGGUACAGGAUCUCUUCGUGCUGGUGCUGAAUUCCUCGCACGAGUUAUCGGAUUGAAAACGGUUUACUACAGCAAUCCAACUUGGGGAAAUCACGAUCUCGUCUUCACAAAUGCCGGAUUUACGAGCCUCAACAGCUAUACUUACUGGGAUCAGAUCAACCGAAAAGUCGACAUUGACAACUUAAUUAAGGAUCUCGAUGCAGCUCCACCAAAAUCAGUGAUACUUCUUCACGGAUGUGCUCACAAUCCCACCGGAAUGGAUCCAACGAAAGAUCAGUGGAAACAAAUUUGCGAAGUUGUUAAGAGAAAGAAUCUCUUCACUUUCUUCGACAUUGCCUAUCAAGGAUUUGCUUCGGGAGAUCCUGAUGCGGACGCUUGGGCUAUUCGAUAUUUCAUCGAACAGGGCGUCGAGAUGGUGAUCGCUCAAUCUUUCGCCAAAAACUUUGGACUUUACAAUGAACGUGUCGGCCAUUUAACCAUUGUUGUCAACGAUAAAUCAGUCAUCCCAUCAUUCAAAUCACAAAUGCAACUCAUCAUCCGCGCCAAUUGGUCCAACCCACCCGCACAUGGAGCCAAGAUCGUUGCCAAAGUCUUGGCCGAUCCAGCUCUUUGUCAACAAUGGUUCGACGCGAUCAAGGCAAUGUCCUCAAGGAUUCGCGAGAUGCGAGCCGCUCUUCGUGCAAAUCUCGAAAAGCUCGGCACACCGGGCACUUGGGAACACAUCACACAACAAAUUGGAAUGUUCUCGUACACUGGACUCACAACCGAUCAAGUCAUGCAUCUCGUUGAGAAGCACAAGGUUUUCCUGCUGACAGACGGACGCAUCAAUCUCUGCGGAUUGAACACGAAAAAUGUCGAAUAUGUUGCCAAGGCUUUCGAUGAGACUGUUCGAACGAUCAAGAGCCAUAUU